GUCGGUUUUAAAGCGAAUAGCCGGUCGGAGAGAAUCCGUGUCCGGGCCCUCCGAGGGUCAGUUCUGGCGGAGAUGAUCAGUGAUGACCAGGUGACUGUUAGUGUGAUGAAGACAGAGAGAGAACUUUGCUAUUCCUGCAACCAGCUGAUAACCGAUCGUUUCUUACUUCGAGUCAAUGGUCAAUCCUGGCACGCUCAUUGUCUUAGAUGUUCCGUCUGUCAAGUAGCCCUCGACCGGCAACCAUCUUGUUUCGUCAGAGAAGAUCAUCUCUACUGUAGAACCGAUUACGUCAGGCAAUUCGGUGCCAAGUGUGCCAAAUGUUUCCGAACUAUUCAGGCAUCAGAUUGGGUGAGAAGAGCACGUGACCAAGUAUAUCAUUUGGCCUGUUUUGCCUGCGAAGCUUGCAAACGUCAACUGUCCACAGGAGAAGAAUUCGCACUGCACGAGAACAGGGUGCUAUGCAAAUUACAUUACUUCGACUCACUGGACGGAGCAGCGGGCUCCAACGACGAGAACAGCGAACACGAUCUUCAACAGAAGACCAAAACUAAGAGAGUCAGGACUACUUUUACAGAGGAACAACUUCAGGUGCUACAAGCCAAUUUUAAUUUAGAUUCAAAUCCCGACGGGCAAGAUUUAGAAAGAAUUGCACAAAUUACGGGAUUGAGCAAACGAGUGACUCAGGUUUGGUUCCAAAACUCCAGAGCCAGGCAGAAAAAGUACAUGACGAAUCAGGCGAAGAAGGUCAACUGUAGUAUCGGAACAAUCUCCAUGCCGACUGUGACGGCUACCACUUCGUGUCCGGGAUGCGGCAUGUUGUACUGCCUAUGCAGCCACGCCAAUAUGAACAUCCACGUAAGCAUGGGCCAAGUGGCGUAAAUUCGAAAUUUUGCUCAAAGAUUCCGGUUUGCAAGACUGUAAAAGAAUUUCCUGUAAAUAAAAUGGUGCACUUGGCCUCAAACGAUCGGACAUCGGACUGAUAAUUUCCCAACGUCCCUUCUAUUUUUUACCUCUUUCAGACCAAAUUAAAGUAGAACUUAUUUGGUGCUUCAGAUAAUUCAUAUUCUGAAAGUGUCCGUGUUCCAUUGUGCAAUGUUCCUAUAUAUAAAAUUUGGGUGUUCAUCUACAAUGUUAUAUAUAUUAUAUAUAUAAAUACACACACACCAAUGUUUUAUGUUUGUAAAUAAAAACCAUUCAUU